UGGGUUAGUGGCCCUCAGUAUCGCGCGUCGUUUCGUGGUGUUCGGUUCGUUUGGUUUUGUUUCGUGUAGUGUGUUCGUCCGCAAGCAAGCUUUAUACGGAAGAGAAAUAGAAUGACAGCGACGUGAAGAUUCUGAAAUACGGAACGGUCCUCCUGCUCAGUUCCUUCCCGAGUGAGUUUCGAACCGAACGUUUCUCCAAUUCGAAGCCAACGAAAGGAUGCGGCGUCUCGACGUAACUACGCUUCUGCUUUGCCUUCUAACGUCACCGGUGUUCGGCCAGGAUGGUGACCUUUACUUCUCCGUGAGCCCCGGCGAGCACUCGGUCGCCGAGGGAUCGCCGGUACGUCUGAGAUGCGAGGCGCAGCCGAGUUCGCGGGUCAAGUACGCGUGGAAGAUCGACGGCCAGCCUCUGGCGCCGAGCCCGCGAAGGCAUCAGGACGGUGGCGAUCUUCGCAUCACCAGGGUCAAUCGUAUCCUCGACAGUGGAAACUUCGUCUGCGUGGCCACUCACGAGGAAACUGGAUACUCCAUCGAGAGUUCGCCUGCCAAGAUCGACAUCCAAUGGAUCAGCGAGGCGAGCGUGCAACUCCAGCAGCCCAAGCUACCCUCGGCGAUCCGCGUGGGAGGCGAGAUUGAACUUCGAUGUCACGUCGACGGCUCCGGGGACAUCAAGUACGAGUGGUUCAGAAACCGCGAGCCGGUGGCGAGGAGCGAUCGGAUCGAGAUCAAGAAGAAGAAGCUGCACGUGCACCGAGCCGUGGCCGAGGACAGCGGUAUGUACAACUGCCUGGCGAAGAACGACGCCGGAUCCUCUCCAAAAAUGGAAAGUUUCCCUCUGAUCGUCUCGAGCAACGAGACCGCCUCGGUCAAGGUCGUUCCAAGGGACCUGAUCGCGAAGAGGGGCGAGCCUGCCGUUCUCCACUGCGUGUUCGAGGAUGCUGACUCCGUGCAGUGGUUCUUCAAGGACAUGGGGCCGCUCGAGACCGACGACGAGAGGACCGUGUUCGAGAAUGGCACGUUGGUCAUACGAUCCGCCGAGCACAGAGACCAAGGAUUCUAUUCCUGUCACGGCGAUCGGGGAGAGAGCACCAUCAGCUACACGGUCGAUCUUCAAAUAGCUUAUUUGAUGAACCUUUCCGCGGCCUCGUUCGAACCCCUGUUGUCGAGCCAAGUGGCCGUGGUUGGCGAGGAGCAGGAGUUGCAAGUCAGCUGUUUGGAACCAUCCGGUCUCCCGCCUCCGAGAGUCUAUUGGAGGGACCCCAAGGGACACAUUAUAAGCGACUCAGGCCCUGUGCGCGUUCAGGAUAACACGCUUAUCGUCGCCAAGGCGAGGAUAGGCGAGGAUGACGGCAAUUACACUUGCGUAGCCGAGAAUAUGGCCGGGGAGACCGAUAUUUCCGCUCAAGUAGUCAUUUCCACUCCGCCGACGUUGACAAGCUCGCCGGAGAAUCUAAGCGUGAUGGAAGGAGAUUCCGUGACGAUGACAUGCUCCUAUUCCGGCAUGGACGCGCCUGUGACCCACGUUCGUUGGCUGAAAGACGGGGAGCCUCUGAAAGAGAGCGGCGGGCCGACGAGGCACCGGGUAACCGAUCACCACGGCAACGUGACCCUGCACUUGAAGAGCGCCGACCUGUCCGACAAGGGCAGCUACACGUGCGAGAUAACCACGAAAGGCUUCCCGUCGAUAUUUUCGGAACGAGCCAGCCUCACCGUCGAGGAGAAGCUCAAGUUCUCCCCGCAACCGGUGGACAAGCGGCUGGAGCUUGGCUCGACGGCCAAAGUGCCUUGCAAGUCUCAGGGCGCCACUAAUCCCACGGUGAAGUGGAUCAAGGAGGGGUCAGGCGAAGAAUUCCCCAAGCACGUGCAAGAUAUCAAUGGAACUCUUCAUUUCAAUGGAGUUCUCGAGGAGGACAAGGGUCGGUACACGUGCAUAGCCAGCAAUGCCCAAGGAUCGAUCAACCACACGAUCACUAUCGACGUAGUCAUUGCGCCAAAGUUUACCAUCCAACCGCAAAAUCCGACGGAGGCGAUCGAGGGAUACCCGGUGAUGUUGCACUGCGCGGCGGAAGGUGAUCCCAAACCGACCAUCCAAUGGGACAGGGACUCUCGAAUGAACAAUCUGAAUAAUUCCCGAUUCGAGGUGCUCGGGAAUGGAAGUUUGUACAUAAAGGAAGUGUACAUGAGCGACGAGGGAAAGUACGGAUGCACGGCCGGCAAUAGCGGCGGUUUGAAGAGGGAAGAAGUUCAGUUGAACGUGAAAGCCGGCGACACGUACAGAUUCGACAUGGAUUUGGAAGUGGGUGACAACGGUUCUAUGAUGACGAAGACGAUCACGAUCACCUUGAGCGCGGCCGCCGCCUAUAUGGUGUUGGUCGUGGGCCUAAUGCUGUACUGUCGUUACCGACGCCGUCGCAGGAAGCAGCAGUACCUCCAAGAGCAGGCAGAAGAAAAACUGGAGAACGGAGAGGUCCAGGAGGAACAGACCGAGCUGAAAGAGACCAGCUCCAGCAAGAUGAACUCGACGGCCAAUAAGAAAAAGGAGAAUCGCGACUCUUCCCACAAUAAGAGCGACGGGGCGGACACGGCCCAGAGUCAGAGCAGCAACCAGUCGAAGAAGUCCAAGUCGAAUUACGACAAGAUCGCCGUGUCCCGCAGCAAUUUGAAAGAAUUGAAGCCGCUUGGCAGGGGCGAAUUCGGCGAGGUGUACUCGACCAAGUAUCAAGUGGACGGCGACAAAGAGAGCUUGGUGAUGGUGAAGAGUUUGAUCAACACGAAGGACGAGAUCGCCCUCCAAGAGUUCAAACGUCACCUGGAUCUUCUCCACAAGUUGAACCACGAGAACGUGGUGAAACUGAUCGGUCUGUGCCGCGAGGAGGAGCCGGACUACAUGAUCCUCGAGUACACCGAUUGGGGCGACCUGAAGCAAUUCCUGAUCGCCUCGCGCAAGGACAGCACCUCGAGCCCCACGCACGAGUCGAAGCCACCUCGGGCGCCCCAACUCUCCGUCGCGCAGAUCCUCUCCCUGUCCAAUCAGGCGGCGAAAGGGUUGAAGCAUCUAGCGGACACCCGCCUCGUCCACAAGGACAUAGCGGCCCGAAAUUGUCUGAUCGCUAGCAACCUGACCAUCAAAAUCUCGUUGCCGUGCAUGACCAAAGAACCGUAUCAGCAGGAAUACACCAAGCACCGAAACCAAGUGAUCCCAUUGAGAUGGCUGCCCUACGAGGCGGUCUACGAGGACGAGUAUUCGACCAAGAGCGACGUGUACUCGUUCUCUUGCCUCGUCUGGGAGAUGUUCCAUCAGGGUGAGUUGCCGUUCAACAAGAUGAACGACGAAUCGGUGUUGGCCGCGCUGAAAGCUCAAACCCUCGCGUGGAAGCCUCACAAAGCGGCGCCGCCCUCUUUGCAAGAACUUCAAGCUCAAUGUUGGGCCAACGACCCAAGGGAGAGACCGACUUUCGACGAGGUCGUCUCGAAAAUAGGUGAAAUUGUCGUCGACAGUUGCCUCUAGAUUUGAUCGACGACGCCACGAGGCUCUAAAUCCAAGGAUACCGCGACAGGGAUAAUAAUCGCGCGGAUCCAUUUCACCGAUCUCGCGGAUCGACCAUCUUUCCGCCCGAUCAUUACUUGUGUCCGCGGUAUUCUCUCGCGUCCAUUAGGUCGGUAAGGAUAUAUAAUUUAUUUCUCACAAAAGGAAAAAAGAAAAGAAAAGAAAGGGGGGGGGGGGAGAAAGAAAGAAAGAGAAAGAGAAAAGGAUCCGCUCCAAUGACUGCCAACGUCAGGAUUUAAUUAAGGAUACGUACGAUCCAGUACACGCUACAAAUAUUAUACGACUACUAAUAACGCAAUAUUUAGUAUUCAAAUAUCAGUGUAAACGAUAGUUAUAUCGAUCACAGCACAUCGAAUAUUCGUAAGAUUAUUGCUACUACUAUUGUCGUUUUUCUCAUCGACACGAAAAUCGCAAGCUAUGAAGUGUGAAUGCAUCUUUAACAAGAAAGUACCACGACCAUAUCAACGUUGAACGAAUGACGACGAUUUUUAUAUCCCGCCUAAUUCACCCUUCUUAUACACAACAAUUGUAUUCCCGUUAAGAUCUAAGGCUUAAGGAUUAUUUAUAGCGUACACUCGGCGUCUGUGUGAGAGAGACACGUACACAAUAUAUAAAUAUUAUACAUAUAACGUGCGCGUAACAGGGGAUAAGAUGAUUAGGUGAGCAAUGUUACUCGCGUAUAUAUCCGUAUUCUUGAAUAUCGAACUCGGUGUUUCGAGUGGGCUGGAAUCGGGGCGUGCACGGGUCAUCUUGUGUGUCUAUCGCGCGAAACGACAAGAAAAGGGAAAUAGAGAGGAACUCGAUGUCGACUCGAACAAAGAUAAAAGAAUAAAACGGCCUUGUACAUACCGUGUAAGCUUAAGUUUGUUCGUUAAGUAACAAUCGCGAGAUUCGAGUUUUUCAUUUUUCAUAUAUAUAUGGAGAGAGAGAGAGAGAGAGAGAGAGAGAGAGAGAGAGAGAGAGAGAGAGAGAAAGGAAGAGAGAAAGAGAGAUAGAGAGAUAGAUACUUAAAAGAGGAUCGCAACGCUACCGUUCUCAUUGCUUCUUAUUUCAUUUUCUCCGAUGGGGAAAUCUUUGUGUGCUUAUCGAUAUUAAAUAGGAACGAAUAAGAUGACUUUACGUCGGGUCACGUCGAAAAAUUCUAAGAUCAAGGAUCAAGAAUCUGACUGCCUUUCUCGAGAACAUAUCGAAAAAAAUUUGCGUCAUUUUUGAAUACGCAUCGCGAAAUUCGUGCCAACAAAAUUCGACUCGUUUCGUUUCUUUUCCAUUUUUUUUCUUUCGUUGAACAAUCGAUCUUUCCGUUCCGAAGAUUUGAUUUUCGACACCCGAACUCGAACAAUUUUAUUACCCGUUCUCAGUCUCUGUUUUCUCGAUAUCUCAAUUCCCGAAUUCGGGAAGGAACGAACGAUUCGAAAGGAUUACAAAGAACCACGAACCGCGCGAGCAAGUUUUCUUCUUUUACAGGAUAAAUAAAGGAAUUAUAGAUCACGGUUUCACAAUUCAAAGAAAUUCGAAUAUUCGACCGCGUUAGGGUGAGGAUACAUUCGAGAGAGUAGAAAUCACUCUCGAGGGUAUUUCUUUCGAGUGGACAUCGGUGUUGAGAGUCGAAUUCUCGAUGCUAAAUGUUUAAUGUUGGACAGUGGAAAUUACUCUCGAACGAUCCAUUCUCGAUGCAGUGUACAUCCAAUUGUAAAGAAACUAUCCCCCGAGAAUUUUAUUUAUUCUCAGGUGUAUCCGUGUCCUUAGAUAUAUGUGCUAUUUCGGAUACGAUACUAUGAUGAUUAUCAUAAUAAUAAUAAUAAUAAUAAUAAUAAUAAUAAUAAUAAUAAUAAUAAUAAUAAUUCGCGCAAAAGAUCGCGUGUAAAUACGAUGUACAGAGCUGCCUGUCUUAAAUUUUGUAACAUCGAGAAUAAUGUACCGACCUCUUCGAUUCAUCUAUCGAUACUGGCUCGAGAUACGAGAGAGAGAGAGAGAACGAAAGAGAGAAUGAAAGAGAGAGAGAGAGAGAAAGAGAGAAUAUUGAUCAGUAUUCGAAUUAUCCUCAGCUCUGUAUACGUGUCACGCAAUAUAAAGUAUAUUAUGUAUUAUAUACGCAUAUAGAUGUACGAGACAGUAAGAUAAACACUGCCAAUGAAUAAUCACUGUAAUGUUAAACGUUCACAUAAUCAUAGCGAAUACGAUCAUUCCCUAAUUUAAUGCACCCUCGUCGCAUCGAAGAUAUUUGUAUGUAGGAAAAGGGGAGGGGGGAAGGAGAAGGGGGCUGUUUUUCCCCGUGCCUACGUAAAUCAUAAUUUUGCAAGGGCGUCUCGAACAUUGUCGUCGAUUUUUUUAUAUUUUUACAUAUUUUCAUCUCGCACGCUCUUUUUCACUAUAUAGAUUCUCAAAUUUAAAUCGGGAUUACAUUGUAUUUUUUGUUAUAUUUUGCGACAUACCUUUGAAGUGUAUACGUUUAUAGUUAUAAAUAUUUCAUUUGAACAAAAAUUCGCAUAGCAUUUUCACAAAUUGAAUUCUGAAAUUAAGAUUCUUCUCUAACCAGGGAAAUUUUCUUAAAAUUUUCUUUUGUUCGGAAAUUCCAUCCUCGAAAUAAAAAUCAUUUCCUUCUAGAGUGUGCUCUUUGGAAUCUUCUAACGUUUGAAGUCCGCUGUGUCGGGGGAUAAAAUUUGUCGGGAAAAAUUACGAAUUUCAUCACUUUUUCCCCUCUUAAUAUGUAAUACAACAGAAGCCUUUUCGAUCUCGAAUCACGAAAUAAUUGGACGAAAGAAAUCGAUCGAUCAGCGACAACGUUCGCGAUUGCGCUCGCAAAGCGUCCGGCCUGAAUUUUCAAAUGCUUCCUAAAUGUUCGCAGUAUACGCCAAGAAAUAUUCUUGUAAAAUAUAAACAAAAGUACGUUAGGAACAUACCUUGCAGCAACUUGACUGGCGGUUCGUAAUCGUUGCAAGGCCAAUUAGUCGAGUUAUCACGGAUCUAACUGAUGCUGAUAUCAUUCGCCGAUCUCGAAUUUCCCGGUCGUCGACCCGUCGACAUUUCUCGUCGUCUCUCGAGAAAAUUCGUUCUGUGAAUGUUUCUCCCUUUUCUACAAUUUGUAACGGGAACACGCCUAAAUAUACACACGGAAAUUUUCUCGUUAUCAAUUCAAUUCGUAAGUAAGAUAUAAAUAUUGCGCAAUUUAAGUUUUUCCAGGACUCGUGUCUUCACUUCGUGAUUUCGGACGUGAUUUUCGGUUUACGAUAAGACGAGCUAUUGACGUGGUUGACACACCGUCACCGAACAAACGCUGCGCCAGUAAUUUUUAACGAAGCGACCUAAUUACGUCUAAUGUCUAGUCAUACUCGGUGAGAAAAGCGUAAGCGAGCAGCGAACUCAAGAUCCAUUUUUACACGACGUUUUUCAUAUCCCUAGGCGUUUUGUAAUCGAUUUCUUUUUUACAAUAUUUUGUAAAUAUUUGUACUUUUUUAUCUACAUCGUACUUACGAAUCUUUGAAAUAGUAUAUGCUACGAUUAAAUAAAGGUGGAUAAAAAUGGAAAUUCUCUGUGUGCGUUCGUUCAUUUCAUUCUACAUAGUUCACAAAAGUUUGAAAUCAAUGAUUUGUAUUGUUCGAGUCGAAUAAUUUUUAAAAAGAAUUAAAAUUUUCUUAAUUUGCAAAAUUUCUUUUUUUUUUCCUUAACGAUUUCAGACUUUUGCGUAGCGUACCUACCUUUCUUACCUUUCUACGCAAAAUUCCUUGAUCCCAUUUUUGAUACAAGAAUCGACGAAGAGAGGGAAUUGACGAAAAGAAGAAGAAGAAGAAGACGCCGCUGUUUUAUUACCUAAUCAAAUUUAUUUUUACUUAAUAUUUCGUGGUACAGUCUAUGUCUAUUAUGAUAUAUAAAAUAACGUAGUCGUCGAAUGUAAAUGGGUAAAACGAAAGAACGUUUCGUAACGCUGACUGAACAAGCGCCCGGAAAAUAAAAUCGAGUCAGAGGCAGUCGUACUGUGUGAUUAUUCAAUACUUUAUGUAUAUUUAUAUUUAUAUAUUUAUAUAUAUAUUUCGUAUAUGUAUAGGAAAUCAACGUGUAUACGAAGAGAAAACCGAUAAACGCAGUUUGACGCGAAGAGUAUGUUUAGUAAUAUUUAUAUAUUUAUAUAUAAAGUCUAAUGAAUUACUUAAUCCGUUACUUAGUACUUAAUUCAUUAAUAUAGUAGCAGCCUCACUCUCUAAAUAGUACUAAAUAUAAUAAUGGUAUAAUGCGGUAAUUAUCGUUAAUAUAGAUUAUUAACAUUAUAAAUAAUCAUCGUCAGAAUCGUAUAAUAAACAAUAGUACAAGGUGUUUUUUGUGAUUUUAGUGUUUUUUUUUUCUUCUUUAAAUGUUAUCAUAUAGUAAUAAUCACAAUAGCGUAUUCUGAAAAAUAGAUCAGGGUCCCGUGGGCAGAGAGCGGAGUACCUCGUUAUAUAUAUAUAACCAAGCUACGAUUCUUUCUUUCCAUCUUUCUUUCAAACCUGAUUAAGCCUCGAGUGGCUCGAGCGUAGAGAGCUUUUGUCCACGAUUCGAAUAUGCCAUCCCCGCCCUCGAUCGAUUCGCGAAUAGUAUACGGUCAAGUGGAUAUCCCGGAAUACCGAUCGAUCAUCGAAACCCAACGACGAAGCUUUAUUUAUUCCCUAUCCCCCUUUCAACGCGAUAGCAGUGAUAACAGUAACGGUGCUGUCGUCGUCAACGUCACUCGUGUUAAUCGUGAAUAAUCGUAAUAGUCAACGAUACAUCGCAUCUUUAUAAUACGUCAUAUAUUGUUCAUUACGCGAGACCGAGAUUCGUUGAAUGAAAAAGAAAAAAAAAAUUCUUCUCUCUCGUUUUUUCACGUAUUUGUUUUUUUCGAGCAUCGAACGGUACAGGGAUUCCUUUUCUGCGACCAAUCUUUUUGGAAAUUCGGAUUUGGAGAAGGAAAAAAAAUAGGUCGGAACGUCGAAGAAUCGUCGACGGGCGGGGAAAAGUCGGUCGAAAACGGGGAUGGAAACCUUGAUCGUUUGAACUUCCAGCGAUUGAUACGGAUAGUCGUUGCGAUUGCGUAUUCGUCUUCGAUCAAAAUUGUUUAGAAGAGAAAAAAUAGAAAAGUCUCGUAUCCGAUGGUCGAUAUACCACGCGCUUAUUUCAUCCGAUUCCCGACAUUUCGUUCCUCGCUCACGCACUCUUUCCCCAACAACUUGAUUCUCUUCCGCCUCUCCCUCUUGUCCGCCUCUCUUGUUUUCGCUUUUUAAUCGCGUCUCUGCCGCUCUGCCUAGGGAACCCACUAUAACAGGGCACUAUGAACAGCAGUCUGCUGGCUAAGUGACUUUCCGAAUCUACAAUCGCUCCUCUUCAUUUUCUCUCCCUCGCUCGCCACCCUCUUAUUCUUCUCUCUCAUUCUCUCAUUCGCUCGCUCUCUCUUUCUCUCUCACUUCCUCUCCACAUUCCUCUCUUUCUCUCGCAAUAACCCACCUUCUCUCUCUUCCAUUCCUCCGCGCUCCUCCCGCUCCAUCUUUCCCGCCUCGGCUCGUCUUCGCUCCUUCCUUCCUUCCCACAGAUUCAUUUUCCCUUUUUCCCGCUUUUCUUCCGCCACGAAUGCCUCGCUUUCUUCUUUCUCUUAAUAGCGAACUAUGUCAGGCAUAACAGACGCAAUACGGUAAUGGAAACGAAUCCCUCUUUCCCUCGCGUUUUCAUUCAUCCUCGUUAUACCUACGCCUACUGGGAAGAAUUCUCGUCUCGAGGAAAGGAAGUGUCGCAACUACGACGACCGCCGUCUUUAGCAAUCGUCGCUCGACGACGAACGACAUUCACAAGGAAAUCGAUCCUUCUCAUUCAUAAAUUAAAAUCGUUUCUGCCAAUUAUGUUAUAUUUUUAUAUAAAUACGUCAAUCGUUGUUGGAAGAUGGCGAAAUCGAGCCGAAACCAUCAUCCCUUUCUAUUCUUUCCCCCAACAUCCGUCUAUCCGGAAUCCACAAAAGCACUCGUUGCCAGCAUGCUUCUCCUAUUUCAGCAUUCACACUACGUGUCAGCCGAUAGUAAAUCACUACUGUACCUUUUUUUCGCGUUAUGAUAUUUUUUUUUUUACUUUACUUUUUUUAAUUAUUAUUAUUAUUAUUAUUAUUAUUAUUAUUAUUUUUUGUUCGUUAAUAUUAGACGUGCCGUGUCUCUAUCGUCAAACCUACUGCGAAAAAAACUACUUUUACCACUCUUCCCUUUCUUUCAUUUCUCUCGUUCGCGAUCUCUCGACCAAUCUCUCCCUCUCAUUCUAUCAUCUUUCAUUCUCUCGGUCUCGCAUAUCGAUCUCUCUCUCUCGUUUUCAAUUCACUCCGUAAUCCUCAAUAUUUCACCGCGUUACAUAAUCAUCUCCUGCGUUUAUAAAGAGUAUUAUAUAAUAUCAUUCUCGUGUCGUUACAAUAUAAUUAUCGGCAAUAAUAUACCUUCGGUAUUAAUGCAAUAUCGUUAUUAUUAGUAUUAUUAAUAUUAUUAUUAAUUAUUAUUCAUUCCCCCGGUACUGUACUCUUUUAAAAAUCGAUCCGACCACCCGCGAACUUUUCAUCCCACCACCCAAGGUGGGAUCCCAAUGGUCCCGGGUGGUCGCGUGAACAAAUGGAAUUUUUAUCGCGCUAUCGAAACGUUGCGCCAAAAAUUUUCACUUCUCCUUUCUCUUCUCAUUCUUUCAACAAAAUUCCACGCGUACAAAACCACUGGCGUACAAAACUCACACACGCAUCCCCAUUCUCUCCCCCUCUCGAUCAUGUUCUCGAAUGGUGUUCUCACUAAUAAAUAACUGCGAGCCGCACGAUCGUGCGCGAUAAUAAUUAAGUCAAAGGCCCCCUCCCGUAUCCACUUUCUACCCCAUAUUCGUGUGACUCUUGCCACGCAAAAUUUUACCCCAGUCAGUCAAUUAGAAAGACAAUUACGUUUUCCAUUCAAAUUUUUCGUGUCCUCUGGACGACUGCGGUUUGUAGCCCGUUGUUUUUUUUCCCCUUUCUUUCUUUCUUUCUUUCUUUCUUUCUUUCUUUUUUCCACGGUGAAAAAAUCGGGAAGAGGAGGUUCACAGACGCGAGAAGUUUGAAAAAGAUUGCGACAGGAACGACUGAAAAAUUAUGCCGUUGGUUCCGUUCUAAUUGACAAUUGGAUGCAACCACGCGCUGCCUAGAGGACAGAAACUCGAGAUCUCGCGCGACUGCGGGGUAAAUUAGGGGGGGAGGGGAGGAGAAAGAGGAGGGAAACACGAGAGGCUGAUUGAUCGAAACGUUAUUAAGAGCCAGCCCGGGCGAGGGCAAAAUUUCUACGAAUUAACGAAUAUUUUUCUUCUUCUUUUUUUUUUCUUUUUUCUCCUUUUUUACAAACGCCUCUCCGAAGGAUCGCAACGACGUACAAAGG